GGUAAAGACGAGGGGGAGGGUAAAUAGUGGCUAGAGCCAGGAAGAUGGCGGCAGCAGAGGUGUGAGUGAACCCUAGUCCCCGCAGCUGCGUUUUCUCCUCCCUCCCCUCACCUUUUCCCUUCCACUCCCCUCCCCUCCGACAUCGGCACUGAAGGGGGAGCGGCUGGGGUGGCGGCGCCCGGCAGAGCUCAGGAGUGACGGCGGCGGCAGCCGACAGCUGGAAGGGCAAGCUCCCUUCGCCGCUCGUCCUCCUUCCCCGGUCUGCUCGGUGCCCGGUGGUGCGGCGGCGCCCGGGCGCUCGGGCUCCGUCCCAUCUCCUCCUGCCCCCGGCGCCGGGGCGGACCGGCGUCCCGACCUCGGACCCUCCCUCUCGGGGGCUGGGCGCCUGUGCGGGCGCAGCGCAGGCAGCGGGGGCCGCUCUCUUGCUCGGCUGUCGCGCCUCCAUGUCGGAUAACCAGAGCUGGAACUCGUCGGGCUCGGAGGAGGAUCCGGAGACCGAGUCCGGGCCGCCUGUUGAGCUCUGCGGGGUCCUGAGCAAGUGGACAAACUACAUUCAUGGGUGGCAGGAUCGUUGGGUAGUUUUGAAAAAUAACACUCUGAGUUACUACAAGUCUGAGGAUGAGACAGAGUAUGGCUGUAGGGGAUCUAUCUGUCUCAGCAAGGCUGUUAUUACGCCUCAUGAUUUUGAUGAAUGCCGAUUUGAUAUUAGUGUAAAUGAUAGUGUCUGGUAUCUUCGAGCUCAGGAUCCAGAUCAUAGACAGCAAUGGAUAGAUGCUAUUGAGCAACACAAGACUGAAUCUGGUUAUGGAUCAGAAUCAAGCUUACGCCGACAUGGCUCAAUGGUAUCACUUGUGUCUGGAGCAAGUGGUUAUUCAGCAACAUCCACCUCAUCAUUCAAGAAAGGCCACAGUUUGCGUGAAAAAUUGGCUGAAAUGGAAACCUUUAGAGACAUCCUAUGUAGACAAGUUGAUACUCUACAGAAGUACUUUGAUGCCUGUGCAGAUGCAGUCUCCAAGGAUGAACUUCAGAGGGAUAAAGUGGUAGAAGAUGAUGAAGAUGAUUUUCCUACAACACGUUCUGAUGGAGAGUUAUUGCAUAAUACGAACGGCAAUAAAGAAAAAUUAUUUCCACAUGUGACACCCAAAGGAAUUAAUGGCAUAGACUUUAAAGGGGAAGCGAUUACAUUUAAAGCAACUACUGCUGGAAUACUUGCUACACUUUCUCAUUGUAUUGAACUUAUGGUAAAACGUGAGGACAGCUGGCAGAAGAGACUGGAUAAGGAAAUUGAGAAAAAAAGAAGGUUAGAAGAAGCCUACAAAAAUGCCAUGACUGAACUUAAGAAAAAAUCUCAUUUUGGAGGACCAGAUUAUGAGGAAGGUCCAAAUAGUCUGAUUAAUGAAGAGGAAUUCUUUGAUGCUGUUGAAGCUGCUCUUGACAGACAAGAUAAAUGGCACUGGACUACGUCCCUACCACCAUCUAGUGAUGUUUAUUCUUCUGUGGGUACUCAUAGGUUUGCCCAACAGGUUGAAGAGAUGGUGAAGAACCACAUGACUUACUCAUUACAGGAUGUAGGUGGAGAUGCCAAUUGGCAAUUGGUAGUAGAAGAAGGAGAGAUGAAGGUUUAUAGAAGAGAGGUAGAAGAAAAUGGAAUCGUUCUGGAUCCUCUGAAAGCUACUCAUGCAGUUAAAGGAGUGACAGGACACGAGGUCUGCAGUUACUUCUGGAAUGUUGAUGUGCGCAAUGACUGGGAAACAACUAUAGAAAAUUUCCAUGUUGUGGAAAAGUUGGCUGAAAAUGCAGUCAUCGUUUACCAGACUCACAAGAGGGUGUGGCCUGCUUCUCAACGUGAUGUGUUAUACCUCUCUGCCAUUCGGAAGAUACCAGCAUUGACCGAAAAUGACCCUGAAACUUGGAUUGUGUGUAAUUUUUCUGUGGAUCAUGACAGUGCACCUGUAAACAAUCGAUGUGUCCGUGCCAAAAUAAAUAUUGCUUUGAUAUGUCAAACUUUGGUAAGCCCGCCAGAAGGAAACCAAGAAAUAAGCAGAGACAAUAUUCUAUGCAAGAUUACAUAUGUUGCUAAUGUGAACCCUGGAGGAUGGGCACCAGCCUCAGUGUUAAGGGCAGUGGCAAAAAGAGAAUAUCCCAAGUUUCUAAAGCGUUUCACAUCCUAUGUCCAAGAAAAAACUGCAGGGAAAUCAAUUUUGUUCUAGAGUUAACAGUGACUAAAACAAGGCUGUGUGAACGUUCCACGUUGGAGGAAUUAACCAAAAUGAAUACUCUAAAGAUGGAACGUAGGAUCUCCAGCCCUUUCUGUGGCCCACGACCUUGGCUUUGUGCACUGAAAGAAAGAAAACCCUGCCAUACAGCAAUGCUGAACAUCUGACACUAGCAUUCUCCUGCUAGCUCUCCUUGCUUAGCGUAUAGUUAACUAUAAAUACAUGUAAUAAUACAUGUAUAUGGCUAUAUUUUUAUUUGCUUGCUUGGGGGGGAGGGCUUUGAAUCACAAACUGGGGAUUAAUGCUUUAAUUUGGGGAAAUUUUUGCAAAGCUUUUAAUUUUACUAUGGCCCUGCUUAAGAGCCUCACACAUGUGUUGGGUUUUUGUGUGCAAAUUUUAAAGCACAUAAUGCAAACACAUAAGGUAAGGACAUAUGUGCUUUCUGCGCACCAAACAUAAAGGGUAUGGUUCUUUUUUUCAGGCCUGCAGUAAAUUCUAGCUGGCCAGGUUUUUUUGAUUUUGCUUUGUAUAAUCAUAGAGUCCAUUGCUGCUGAUUUCUAUAAUGAAUCAUCCUGUCAUGUAAAAAAAAAAAUGUCUCAAUAACUGAGGGCUGUCAAUAACCAAUGACUUUGCCUUUUCUAUUGUCUUACUCUCAUGAUGAACUUUGGUUCUGAUGGAGGAAGUGUGAAAAGCUUUAUUUUUUUCUCAGAUAUCUUUAUAUUUCUAUUGUAUUUUUCAGUUGUGUACUAUGUGCUAUAGUUUUUUGUU